AUGGUUUAUUAAUCAAUACAGAGGUAUUAGGAGCGAGAUGUGCAUCUGCAGCGCAUGUAAAUGGAUUGACAACAUUUGCUGCCCGCUCGCCAAGAAAGCACAAUUUUUUGCAUGUUGGACAUUGAUUCAUGGCAUGGUAAUGACGGCCCUCAGUCUUAUUUACCAAUUCUGGGAGGAGAAAGAAUGGAAAUAUGCAGCAUUCGCAGUCGCUAUACCUCACUUAGUUGCCGGAAUAUUAAUGGUAUAUAGCAUUUACAAGUCUUUACCAACUCUCUAUCUAGUGUCUGUGAUUGGCUCAUCGUUCGGUCCCUUUGCGCUCUUUUUAGUCGUAUAUUUGCCAAUAAUGCAAAUAUUUGAAAUAAUCGUUGCUUGUCGGUUUUAUAGUACGGUUUUGAAAUAAUUCAAAAUUGCAAAGUACGAAGUCCCACUGUCAUGUUGAAAUUAUGUUAUAAGUGUACUCUAUUAAUUCAUCGUUUGUUUUCACGCACGGCUAGCGACAUACAAAUGCCGCAGUUGCUGCGUUUUUGGUCCAAUUAAGAAAUAGAGGGGAAUUAAAACUAUGCAAAUUUA